UUUAAAAGUAAUUUAUUUGGUCAACCUUAACAACUGGAUUCAAUCGUUCUUUCUUAAUAUCCUAAAUAAAAUAUCAAGAAAAGGCUGUGAAACUGUGCAAAACUGUGCUUCCUAAAUAAUGCAAAAUUAAUUUAAAGGAUUCAAAAUGCCAAGUUCUAAUCUCUAUGCCAUCAACAAUGAAGGACGAGUAUUUUCACUUGCUACUAAUGGGUCUAUGUGGAGAGAAUUUACUUAUCUAGGUCUUGAGUUUAAGCAACUGUCAGCAGUUCCCCAUUUUAUGUGGGCUAUUGGUGGUGAUAGACAAGUUUAUGUUCAUGUACAUGGUUUAGAUGUUCCCAUUAGAAUCAAAGAAGAAACUUAUGAAAAUGAGCGAUGGCUGCCUUUAGAAGGAUUUAGUGGAAGACUUUUACCAACAGAUAGGUAUCAUUUUUCUAAUCAAGAUGGCACAGUCAAUCGUAGUCGUGAUAAGGUCAAGUUGCCUUCCAUGGCAUGGCAAUGGGAGGGUGAUUGGUAUAUUGAGACACUUUUAGAUGGACAGCCAUUAGAUCAUGAUGGAUGGACCUAUGCUGUUGAUUUUCCUACAACUUAUACUGCAACAAAGCAAUGGAAAUCUUGUGUCAGAAGACGUAAAUGGGUUCGUUACAGGAGAUAUAGUGCAAUGAAUUCUUGGUGUGCAAUUGCACCACUUCACAAGGAUGCUACAAAGGAGCCUUUUAUAGAUGUUUCAAUUGGAGGAAGUCAAAUGCCUGGUGAUCAUUCCGGAAAUCUUGUUGUAUGGGCAGUAACUGCCCAUGGAAGGGUGAUGUUUCGAGUUGGUGUAAGUACAACUUCUCCAGAAGGAUUACGUUGGAGUGCUAUUAAAAUGCCAACUGGAGAUGAAGCACUGCAUGUUAGUGUAGGCGUAACUGGCCUUGUAUGGGUAGUAUUAUUGAAUGGUAAAGCAUUAGUCCGUAAAGGAGUUACUAGAGAAAAUCCAAUGGGAGAUGAAUGGGUUGAUGUUGAACCACCAAAAUUAGAUUUAAGAUUGACUCAAGUUAGUAUUGGCAUGGAUGCUGUUUGGGCUUUAACUCACGAAGGAAGCGUUUGGUUUCGUAAAGGGAUAAAGGGUGAGAUGGGUGGAAUAUCCGAGCAGUUGGCCGUGGGUACUGGUUGGGUUGAAAUGUCUACAAAAAUGAUAUUGGUAUCCGUUGCACCAAAUGAUCAGGUUUGGGCGAUUGGUCAAGAAGACAGAUUUUUGUAUUAUCGCACCGGUAUAACUCGAUCAGAAUUGACGGGUAAGAAAUGGAAACUGUUAAACGCACCUUUUCAGUUGAGCAGAGCUAGCAGUAAUGCGAGUUUGUCAUCAAGCAAUAGACACAGUAUUUGCGGUACACCACAUAGCCGAAAUCAACCAUAUGGUUCUUUGCAAAAUCAACGACCUGUGAGCACCAGUGAAAAUUUAAUUAAAGAGUGGGAAGAGCAAUCAAGAUCAGCACCAGCUCCAACCUCUCUCAAACUUAUGAAAAACCAUACUGAGCUACUUGAAAACAAUAUUCAAAAAUCUGCCAAACCAGAAACGGGUAGUGGAAGUACAAGUUCGGUUGGAUCUGUAGAAAUAAACGAUACAAAUGAAAUAAAUCCCGCAAAUAUCGCCAUCUCCAAUGAAACAUUACACAAGAGUGGAGAAUCAAUAGUGAUUUCUGGCAAGGGAAUGGGUAGCACAGUAAAGGUCAAUCCUGGAUCUUGGAGUCCAGUUCAUUCAGUUGGAUCAGUAGUUGGUGCUGAAGUUAAUCCAGAGACUGAUGGAAGUAUUUUUGAUCCUGAUUUAACUAGCGAGUCUGGUGUCUUUGGAGAAGAUGAGAGUGCUGCGAUUAUAUACUGGACUGAAUGUGAGAUGCAGUGGAGUAAAGUAGAGGCUGGUGCUUGUUUAGUAGACCUUAAUAAUCCACCGAAAUGGAUUGCUGAGAGUAAUGGUUCAUCGCAAGGCGAAGUAGCUGAAACUUGGAGGAUACAAAUUUUAGAUGAGCUCAGAAAAAGAUUGAAAGAUAUUGACUUUGAUAUUUCUUUGUAUGAAAGGGCUGUAGAAAAAUCCUCGUGGGUGAAAAAUGGCGAGGCUAAGUGUAAGCUAAAAGGAUCGUUAACUUACGACGAUUGUGUUGUUGAAUUAGAAUGGAUUAGCAGUGAUAGCGAAACAUUUGGCUCUGGUACCUUGACAAUAUUAAAUCCUGAUGGAGUGACAACAUUAGUACAAUUUUCCAUAUCAGAAGUAGUAUGUGUUGUUAACUGUAGUGAGCCAGGAUGUCCUCGUUUAGCGAUUCAUACGCCACGUUUGACGAAUAAUAAAAUACCAAGACUGCAAUUCAGCAGUGAUGCGGAAUUGGAAGAUUGGAUGGCAAAUCUUACGUCAGUAUCUUGCAAAGUAAAUAAUGCUUUUGGUCAGCCGAGUAAAAAAACUAUUUGGACUACUACUGCCUUAGGAGAUGUAUAUGUUUAUGAUCCCGUUAUCACCGAGGAAAAUCAAUUCGACAAAGGUUUAUAUAGUCAAGAAUUAGACACAGCUGGAAAGAAUUUACCAUUUGAAAGUAUUUUACAAAAUAGUUUUGGACCUGGUAGUUCUUUACACGUCGUGGUGUGCAUUCACGAUGAUGCAGAUAGGAUAUCAUUCAAUCUUGUUUGUCAUACGUCAACACUAACUAAAUAUCGACAAACUGUAGAUACUCAUGAUGUAGCUUUUCAUUUCAACCCCCGUUUAAAUGAGAGCAUAAUCGUAAGAAAUGCAUAUCAAAAUAAUCAGUGGGGAGACGAAGAAAGAAGCGGAGAUAGUCCUCUGAGAGCUGGAUCUGAUUUUUCAAUGAUAAUCAAGUGUGAGGAGCGAGGAUAUCGAGUUUUUAUAAAUAAUACCGAAUUCACGUUCUUUAGUCAUAAGAUACCUCCACAAAAUAUUACGCAUUUACGUAUCAAAGGCAAAAUGACGUUGUGCAGUGUAGUUUAUAAAUCGAAAUUUGUGAUUAUCGAACCAAUAUCCAUGUUCUGGAGACAAAUAGGAGGUCAUUUAAAGAAAGUUGAAACUUGUAAUUCUGGUAUAACUUGGGGUAUCGGUUAUGACAAUACUGCUUGGGUUUAUACUGGAGGAUGGGGCGGUACUUCUUUGAAGGGUUUAGACUUUAGUAACGCGGAUAUCAACCCGAUGGUAGACACGCAUAACUAUUUUGUGUACGAAAACCAAAGAUGGAAUCCAAUAACUGGUUACACGUCUCACGGCCUACCUACAGAUAGGUACAUGUGGAGCGAUGCAACCGGGCGUCACAAACGCACACGAGAAAAUACAAAGCUCUUGUCAUGUCAUUGGCAAUGGGUAUCUGAAUGGAUACUCGAUUUUCAUACACCUGGUGGAGUAGAUCGAGAAGGUUGGCAGUAUGCUACGGACUUUCCCUCGGAGUAUCAUGGCAAAAAACAUUUUACGGAUUACGUUAGAAGACGCAGGUGGUUCAGAAAGUGCCAACUCACAACUAGCGGUCCUUGGAAAGAAUUAGGAAACACGAAAUUAUUCGACAUGUCGUUAUGCACUUCUGACGAUCCAGAAUCCGAAAGUCCUAUUCAUGUGUGGGCUGUAGCUACUAACGGUGAAGUAUUGUUCAGACGAGGUGUUUCGGAGUACUGUUCAACGGGUGUUUCCUGGGAGCAUAUUCCUUGUGACCAGCCUUUAAUAAGUAUAUCAGUUGGACCUUCGGGACAAGUGUGGGCUGUUGGAAAAAAUGGAUCAUCUUAUUGGAGAUUCGGAGUGUCAGUUAGCAAACCUUCAGGAGAGUCUUGGCAGAACGUCGAACCACCACCAGGAGCUCAUUUGAAACAAAUAGCUGUUGGUGUAAAUGUAGUGUGGGCUUUGGAUAGUUCCGGUAAAAUAUCGGUCCGCCGAGAAAUUCAAUCGAACGUUUUCCCCGAAGGAACGUUCUGGCAAACUUUACCUGCUAUGGCUAAUGAUCCCAUUCAUAUGGGGUUCGAUAGAGAAAUUUCGAUACCUUCGGCUAUACGUAACUUACCUUCAGAGCUAUUACGUUAUGUAUCUAUACUAAACGCUAAACAAGGAUUUCGUCAUAUUUCGGUCGGACAUGUACCUGGUCAAGUUUGGGCAAUAUCAGGAGCUGGCAUCGUGUGUCGUAGAAUCGGCAUCACAGAAGAAAAUCCUGCUGGUUCUGGAUGGUCUACUGGCAUAGGAGCGAAUUGGCAGCAUAUUGAUGUUGGAGGCCUAUCAAACCAAAAGAUUUAAAUAUCGUGCAUAAUCUAGCUUUUAUAUAUUUUUUUUAAUGGAUAGACUUAUUCCAACAUGCACAAUAUGACUUUAGCGCACUUACCUAACGAGGCUCUUCAUUUUAAAUCGAUAAGCGGUGACGCAAAGAAAUCUAUAUCAGUAACUGUAAAUAAUUAUAUCACUAUAUUCAGAAAGACUCUAUUAUAUUAACAUGCACUUCCAACAAUUAUUCUAGUCAAAGAAAACAAGUUAUAUUUCUUUUGAUCAUUUACAAAAUGGCAGUUUUAUAUCUAUAUAUGAAUAAGCAACGGUGAAGCGAUUGUUAAAUUAUAUCGCCUUCAUAUUCAAAAUGUGAUUGUAUAAUAUAAUACAUUUAAGCUUAGUUUUUCUAAACAAUAAUCCAACAGUCAAAGAGUCGAAGAAUCUAAUUUUUUUACAAACCGUCCCUUUUCUGAGGUACUUUUAACUUAUGCUUUGAUGUAGUAUUUAUCUUUCUUCUGUAUAAAAGUAGAUGCUCCAUUUUUUGCUUUUAUGUAUGAAAAUAUAAUUUUUAUAGUAGCAGUUUAUAGACUUAAGUUUUAGUAAAGCGAGCCUUUUUUUACGUUAAAGUAUGUUCUCUUGUUAAGUUUGACUUAAAUGAUCUAGUGGUUUUGCAUGAAUAGUUUUGAAAAUCUUAAAAAUGUAUCUAUCAAAAUCCCGAUAAAUUUAUUAUU